GGAGUCGUCGUCGUCGUCGCGCAUUUGGGGAUCCAAAAACUCGCGACUUCACUCUGAUUUGUAAUGUCGAUUGAGUCGAACGUGUCCGGUUCUGCUGGUGUCACCGUCGUCGUCGUCGUCGCUGUCGUUCAGGAGGAAAAAAAUCGGCUUCAGGCCCACUAGUUGGUAGUGGCCAACGUGUGGUUAUCGGUUCCGUUCCGGACAACCUGCUGCUGCUGGGAGAUCCAAGUAACGAGUUCGAGUUGUUCAGGAAGUGCGUUCUGAAAUUUCUGGGUUCAGUGCUGCGAGUGAAAACUUGAAGCAACAGCAGGCUGCUGCUCUCUGAGGAAAAAAUAAAUAAUCAAGAAGGAUAAAAGUUUAGCGAGGAAAAACACACAGCAUCAGCAUUGUGUGUGUGUGAAAAGGUGGAAGAAAAACACGCGGUGGAAUUUUCUUCAGUGUUCCUCGGCGAGAGGAGUUAGCUAGUUCUUUGGAUUUCCGUUGAACCCGUGCGCGCGUCAGGACCAGACCAGCCCAACCAUGGCCGACGAGGACAACGUCAUGGACGAGAUGCCGGAGUGCGACAACAAAUUCGCCAUGCGUAACCGUGGCCGAAAAGGUGCGCUCAAGAAGAAGAACGUCUAUAAUGUCAAGGAUCAUCACUUCAUUCCGCGCUUCUUCAAGCAACCCACGUUCUGUUCGCACUGCAAGGAUUUCAUCUGGGGAUUCGGCAAGCAAGGCUUUCAAUGUCAAGUUUGCUCCUUUGUCGUACACAAACGAUGCCACGAGUACGUGACCUUCAAGUGUCCGGGUGCGGAUAAGGGCGCAGAUUCAGACGAUACUCGUACCAAACAUGAGUUUAAAGAGUCGACCUAUUCGAGUCCUACGUUUUGCGAUCAUUGUGGUUCGUUAUUGUACGGUUUAAUUCACCAGGGGCUUAAGUGUACAGCAUGUGAUAUGAACGUACACAAGCGGUGCGAGGAGAGCGUGCCGAACCUGUGCGGAUGUGACCACACCGAGCGGCGAGGGCGCAUCCAGCUGGCCAUCACGCACCACGGCAACAAGCUCAACAUUGAGGUGAAACAGGGCCGCAACCUGAUCCCGAUGGACCCGAACGGUUCGAGCGAUCCGUACGUGAAGAUCAAGCUCAUCCCGGAUGCGGACAACGUCAAGAAGAAAACCAAGACCAUCCGGGCGUCGCUCAAUCCGGUGUGGAACGAGACCCUCAUCUUUGAACUGAAGGGCGAGGACAAGGAUCGCCGGGUGCUGAUCGAGGUGUGGGAUUGGGAUCGAACCUCGCGGAACGAUUUCAUGGGCUCGCUGUCGUUCGGCAUCUCGGAGGUCCUCAAGAACCCGGUGGACGGCUGGUUCAAGCUGCUCACGCAGGAGGAGGGCGAGUAUUACAACGUGCCGGUGCCGGAGGAGGGUGCCGACCUGGUGCAACUCAAGAGUCAGAUGAGGAAAACAUCCAUCUCGAAGAAGAUUCCCGUGCUGGGCGACAAGGACGUUCCGCACAACAUGGGCAAGAAGGACGUCAUCCGUUCGACGGACUUCAACUUCUUGAUGGUACUGGGCAAGGGUUCAUUCGGCAAGGUGAUGCUGGCCGAGCGGAAGGGCACGGACGAGCUGUACGCGAUCAAGAUCCUGAAAAAGGACAUCAUCAUCCAGGACGACGACGUGGAGUGCACCAUGGUGGAGAAGCGGGUGCUGGCACUGUCGCAAAAGCCACCGUUCCUGGUGCAGCUGCACUCGUGUUUCCAAACGAUGGACCGAUUAUACUUUGUCAUGGAGUACGUCAACGGCGGUGAUUUAAUGUUCCAGAUUCAACAGUGUGGCAAGUUCAAGGAACCGGUUGCCGUCUUUUACGCGUCGGAGAUCGCGAUCGGGCUGUUUUAUCUGCACGCCCGCGGCAUCGUGUACCGCGAUCUGAAGCUGGACAACGUGCUGCUGGACCAGGACGGACAUAUCAAGAUCGCCGACUUUGGCAUGUGCAAGGAGGGCAUCGCGGGCGACAAGACCACCAAGACGUUCUGCGGCACGCCGGAUUAUAUAGCGCCGGAGAUCAUUUUGUACCAACCGUACGGUAAAUCGGUUGACUGGUGGGCCUACGGAGUGCUGCUGUACGAGAUGCUCGUGGGACAGCCUCCGUUCGAUGGGGAGGAUGAAGAGGAGCUGUUUGCGGCCAUUACGGAUCACAACGUGUCCUACCCGAAGAGUUUGAGCAAGGAAGCCAAAGAUGUCUGCAAGGGGCUGUUGACCAAGAACCCGCAGAAGCGUUUGGGCUGUGGAGCACGUGGUGAAGAGGAUGUCCGAGCCCACGCCUUCUUCCGCCGCAUCGACUGGGAAAAGAUCGAGAAUCGCGAGGUGCAGCCACCGUUUAAGCCGAAGAUUAAACAUCGCAAGGACGUGUCCAACUUUGACCGUCAGUUCACCUCGGAGAAGACGGAUCUGACGCCGACCGACAAGCUCUUCAUGAUGAACCUCGACCAGACGGAGUUCAACGGGUUCUCCUAUCUCAAUCCAGAGUUUAUCCAGCACGUUUAAGGUGGAACGGAAGGCAGGCGGCAGGCAGGCAGGCAGGUGUGUGACCAAAAAACCAACCAAGUAUUCUGCUCAACUUCAGUGUCGUGCAAUCCGUGUAGCGGCGUGUUCUAGAGAUCCAAUCCAAUCCAAAGAAAUGGGAUUACCUUGUAAGCAUUGUAAGAGAAAUGUGCAAAAGCCAUAAACAUUUGCAAAGCGAAUGCAAAAUAUAAGCCAUUUUCAA